AUGGACACUCACACGACCAACGACGCGACGCGCUUCUGCCGCCUGCUGGCCCGCGCGUUGCGCCGUCGCCUGCAGCCUGCAGACGGCUUUGGCCGCCUGCCCGAGGCUCGGCACGGUCCGAGCAGCGAGGAGGCGGCGAGGUGCGUGGUCAGGGCUGCGGGUGCGAGCGGCUGCGGUGGCCUCUUCGACCGGGAGGCGCUACCGUGCAGCGUCGGCGCGGAGGACGGCGCAAUCUACCGCAUGUGGCGCUGGCUCUCCGUCGCUUGGCCGCUCAACAUUCUGCUGUACGUGCUCACGCUUCCGCUCGCGGAGCUGCUCUGGUGCCUCGCCAGCCGGCACUACCUCCGCGUGCGCUCGGCGACGCCGCACGUGGUGCGGCUGGGCCACGCGGAUGCGGCCAUCGCGCUCCGUUACUACCGGCGGCUGCCAAAGGAGCGUACGCCGGCGCAGCUCGAGGCGCUCCUCCGCCGCUGGUUCCAUGGCCAGAUGCCGACGCGAGAGCAGGCGCUGACGCCGUGCCACAAGCCGCUGCUCUUCUACCUCGUGCUGCAGUCCAACAUGCGGCUCACCGGAAGGAGCCUCCGCCGCCGCGGCUUCCGCCUGCACCGCAGAGGGAACCUGCGCUACUGGCACAGGCCGGCAGGGAGAGUAAGCCGGCGGGAGCCGCCUCCGAUGCCCGUCGUCUUUUUCCACGGCGUGCUCGGCUUCCUCCCGUACGGGCUCACGAUCGACCUGCUCGCGGAGAUGCACGCCGGCGCGAUCUACCUUCCAAUCUUCCCGACGCCGCUGCAGCUGCCGGAGCUGGUCGUCUCGCUGCGCGGGAUGCUCUGCGGUGCGCGCGCCGCCUUCCUCGCCAACUCGGUCGGGAGCGGCUUGCUCGGCGCCGUGCUCGAGCGCGCGCCCGAGCUGGCCGGCGCCGCCGUCUUUUCGGACCCGAUCUGCUUCGAGCUCUCGUCGGGGGAUCGGGCCAUGGUCGUGCUCGAGCCGUCCGUCCAGUUCUGCUUCCGGCGCACGUUUUGGUGGACGCACAACUACAUCCACCCCGCCGACCUGCCUUGCGACGCGCUGGUCGUGCUCGGCGGCUGCGACACGGUCGCCGACCCGCACGACGUGCGGCAAGCGCUCGAGGCGUACCAGCGCGGCUGCGUCGAGCGCGGCGAGACGCCUCGCGUGCGUCUCGAGUGGCACGAGGGCUGGCUGCACGGAGGGCUGCACAGCGACGAGGCGGCGCAGCGGCGCAUCAUCCGCGACGUGCUCACGAGGCCGUGGGAGGCGCACGGAGAGGGCGGGCAGCGAGAAGCUUGA